AUGGCGGGACUCGACACCGCCGUGAGCACCGGUGCCAAACUUGAUUCCGACCUGCGUCGAAGAAACGUCCCUGAUUCUAGAGCCAAUCCGAACAAAACCAACUCCAUCGAAGAAGAUGUCAAAAAAUCGAAGCAGUCCCCCUCAUUCCUCCAUGUGCUGGCUGGCUGGGAACCGAUCAUCUUCCCUGUUCUCUUGACUGCCCUCGCCCUCUUCACCCGCUUAUACCAGAUUGGUCGCUCCAACAUCGUCACCUGGGACGAGGCCCAUUUCGGUAAAUUCGGUUCCCAUUAUCUUAAGCGUGAAUUUUACUUCGAUGUACACCCACCGCUCGGGAAGAUGCUAGUUGGCCUGUCUGGCUAUCUGGCUGGUUACAACGGAUCCUUUGAAUUCAAAUCCGGCGAAAAAUAUCCUGAAGAUGUUAACUAUACCUUUAUGCGAGCUUUCAAUGCCGCCUUCGGUAUUGUCUGCGUCCCUCUGGCUUACUACACCGCUCGAGAGUUGAACUUCCGCCGAGCCACUGUUUGGCUGAUCAGUCUGAUGGUGCUGUGUGAGAACUCUUAUGCGACAAUCUCUCGUUUCAUUCUACUGGACUCGAUGUUGCUUUGCUUCACAUUCACCACGACGAUGUGUUGGGCGAGAUUCCAUCAAUUGCGCCGUGAAAGCUUCUCGCUGGAAUGGUAUAUCUGGCUCGGUCUGACUGGUUUGAGCAUUGGAUGUGUUUGCAGUGUUAAAUGGGUUGGGUUCUUUUGCACUGCUCUGGUUGGACUAUACACCAUCGAUGACUUGUGGAACAAGUUCGGCGACUUGAAGAUGCCCCAAACUGUACUGGCGAAGCAUGUUGCUGUUCGUGUUGUGGGAUUGAUUGUAAUCCCAAUCUUGGUUUACAUGUUUUCAUUCUACAUGCAUUUCAUGGUUCUGGCGAACAGUGGCCCCGGUGAUGCUCAGAUGAGCUCUCUUUUCCAAGCCAACCUGCGAGGCACUGAGGUCGGCAAAGACAGCCCCCUGGAGCUGGCAAUUGGGUCGCGUAUCACACUCAAGAAUAUGGGAUACGGAGGAGGGCUCCUGCACUCCCAUGUUCAGACUUUCCCAGAAGGAUCCCAGCAGCAGCAGGUCACUUGCUACCAUCACAAAGAUGCCAACAAUGACUGGUUCAUUUAUCCCAACCGACAGGAGCCGGAUUAUGAUGCCACUGCUGAUCUGCGGUUUGUUGGCGAUGGCGACGUCAUUCGGUUGAUCCACGGACAGACAGGUCGCAACCUGCACUCUCAUGCUAUUCCGGCGCCCAUCACCAAAUCCCACUAUGAAGUAUCAUCCUAUGGAAAUAUUACUAUCGGAGACGACAAAGAUCACUGGAAAGUGGAGGUGGUUGAUGAUGUUGCAUCCAGGGACCGGUCCAGGAUUCGGACCCUCACCACGGCUUUCCGACUACGCCAUCCAGUUCUUGGCUGCUAUCUCCGGGCAGGAAACGUCAACCUUCCCCAGUGGGGCUUCAAACAAAUUGAAACUACGUGCGCCAAAGAGAACAAACCCGGCGAUGUUUACACUCACUGGAAUGUUGAGUCCCACACUAAUGACCGCUUGCCGCCUAGUGACCCUGGCUCCUACAAGUCACCCUUCUUGAAGGAUUUCAUCCAUUUGAAUGUGGCUAUGAUGACCUCUAACAACGCACUGGUCCCUGAUCCCGAUAAGCAAGAUGAUUUGGCCUCCAAAUUCUGGCAAUGGCCAAUUCUCAAUGUUGGUUUACGCAUGUGCUCCUGGGAUGACAGCGUCGUCAAAUACUAUCUCCUUGGAAACCCUCUUGUCUAUUGGGGAAGUAGUGCGGGCCUUGUUGGAUUUGGCUUUCUGUUCCUCUGGCAUCUUUUGCGCUGGCAGAGAGGCUACAAGGAUCUCAGUAAUGACGAUAUUGACCACAUCCACUACGCUGGGUUGUACCCGGUCAUUGGAUGGGUCUUGCAUUACCUUCCCUUCAUCAUUAUGGCUCGUGUGACUUAUGUUCACCACUACUACCCGGCCCUUUACUAUGCGAUUCUGAACUUUGGCUUCUGCAUCGACUGGGUGACAAGAAAGAUGAACACCAGACUCGCGGCCGCAUUGUAUGCCCUGCUCUAUGUGGCUACCAUUGGGUUGUUUGUUCAUUUCCGGGCUAUUGUGUUUGGGAUGGAAGGCUCUAACCAGCAAUGGACUCACCUGCGCUGGUUGCCCGGAUGGAAGAUCGCGAACUAA